AAUGAAUUCUCAUUGUCUGCUCACCAGAAGCCUCUAGCAGACCACGGGAGGCCCUAAACUUACCAAAUUAACGUAUAGCAGCGCAUAAGUAGAACUCAAUGGCUUCCCUGAACUUCACUCCCCAGCUAUCCAGAUUUUCUUCGAGCACUACAACUCACCGUAAGCAAGCUAAGUUUCCCUCCAGGAGGAGACCCGUUUCCGUUUCUGUCUCUGCCUCACCGGAUUCUCCAACCCAACUGCCCGAAAUCGAGCUCGAGUUCAUUGGGCCAAAACCAGAUAGUGACCCGGUGCAAAGAGCCAAAGCCAUAAGUGGAGAGAAGCUGCUGAGGAACAUUAUGUUGGAUAACAAGAUCGAGCUCUACGCGACGUAUGGGAAAGUGAUGAACUGUGGAGGUGGUGGAAGCUGUGGAACUUGCAUUGUAGAGAUUAUUGAUGGAAAAGAUCUAUUGAAUGAAAGAACAAACACAGAACUUCGGUAUCUGAAGAAGAAACCGGAAUCCUGGAGGCUUGCUUGUCAGACAAUUGUGGGAAAUAAGGACAACUCUGGUAAGGUUGUGGUACAGAGGAUGCCGCAGUGGAAGAAGUAACAAAAAAUUUAGGCUGUAUGAUAUGUUGACUGCAUUAUGUGGAAUGUCAGUAACAAGGAUAUAUACCUAUACGUGUCUUUAGAUAAUAUAUACAUUUUUUUUGUUUUCGAACUUAGGGAAUUUUUGAGGGUGGGAUAUUAAUAGUGCCGGAAUGUAAAAUUUACGAUUUUAUAUCCUAACACUUCUCUUCCAAGAGAGAUGAUCACUAGACUAUUUAUUGUUUAACUAGAUAAUAUACAUUAAUUGGAUGC